AUGUCUUCCACUACGGAGAACGCAUCUAUCCUGGCUCUCGCCGAGGGCAUUCUCUCCAACACCAAAUCGCUCAUCGAGCAACUCAAUGCUUCCAACACCGCUCUCCCAACGUUCUCAGCCACAUCUCAAGCCCUACCUACUACGCCCGAUUUUCAAGCGUUGCAAAUCCGGCUCAAGGCGCAGCUCGAAGAUUUGCAGCUUCUCGUAAGCGGGCCGGCGAGCUUCUAUCGGCAUUUUCUCGUCCGUGGCUAUGAGAUCGCCACCUUUCAGCUCGCGCUGGACUUUGAGUUUUUCACGAUCGUGCCGUCCAAGGGAUCCAUCUCUGUUGAAGAUCUGGCAGAGCAAGCGGGUCUGGAUGUAGACCGCACAGGCCGUUUGAUGAGGAUGUUGAUCACACAACGAUUUUUCACGGAACCCAAUCCUGGAUUCUUCUCUCAUAAUAGCUUCUCGAUAGCAUUACAAAAGGACGAGGAGAUAAGGUCUAUGGUCCAUUUCUCUUUCGACGAGAUUCUCAAGGCGUGCGCCGAGUCAGGUGCGGCUAUCAAGGCGGAUCCUUAUAACAGUGAUGGUUUACACUGUCCAUUCUACAAGCGCUUUGGUGUACCCAUCUUUGACUACUAUGAGAAGAACCCACAAUAUGCUGGACGCUUCGCGAAGGCUAUGGCUGGAUGGGUGAAGAUGGCAAAUAACUCGACCGAUACAGCAAACGGUUACUCAUGGGCAGAUCUCCGAGGAACGGUUGUAGAUAUGGGCGGUGGCAGCGGGCACGUGUCUGUUGAAUUGGCUCAAGCCUUCCCACAUCUUUCGUUUGCAGUUCAAGACGGUGAUGGCACCAUGCUAGCGCUCGGCCCUAAGCUCCUUACUCCAGACCUCAAAGACCGUAUCUCUUUUACCCAAGCCAGCUUUUUUGAGCCGCAAAAGCAUCUUGGCGCCGCCGCGUACUUAAUCCGGCAGUGCACUCAUAAUUGGGCAGAUGCCGAUGUCGUUAGGAUUUUCAAAUCCAUGGUUCCAGCUCUCGAGGGGUCGGCCCCAGGUACGCCUUUUCUAAUCAAUGACAUGAUAUUGCCCGAGCCAGGAACAACGAUCGAGCGUAUCUGGGAGCGUGAGAGACGACAUGUGGAUAUGGUGAUGUUGGUGUGCUAUGGGUCAAAGGAGCGGACUGUUAAGGAGUUUGAUAAGCUGUUGAAGGAGGCAGAUGAGAGGUUUGUCAUUAAGAAUGUGCAUAAUGAGGAUCAUGGAGCGCUAGGAAUGAUUGAAGCUUAUCUGAACCAUGGGACAAACGGUACUAAUGGCACACACUAG